AUGGUUAACCUCGCUCCAGACUCGGCUAUAAAUACCCUUCCCCCACCACUUCCUACGUCUUCAUUCCCUUCCUCUUCCACAUCACUUCAAGCUACAAAAUCAAGCAAGAUGUCUUCAGACUGGCUGCCUUGCGACUGUCUCGUCAAACUCCAAUGCGACGAGGAGAUUAAUGUGGUUCAUGGCUAUGAGACUAUAGGAGAUGCGAAGGAGGAGCCUUGCCUUGAGUGUGCUCUACUUAUCGCCCUCCAAGGUGAUGACCUCGACAAGGCCGACAUCUGCCUUGACUAUUCCUUUUUCCAGGCAGCCCUAAUCGAUGUGUGCAUUGCGUCGCGCAAGGCAAUAUUUGCUCACCUAUCCGAUGUGAACGCCUACGUAUCGACGUUUUAG